GUCUAUGGAUAGUACGUGAGAUAAUAUUAAACCUUAUAUGUUCUAAAUGAAUUUCAACCUUUUAACCUCUAAAUGAUUAAUUUAAUUUUGCUGUAAACACAGACCGUUCAAAGUACAAGUUUGAUCUGCAAUCACAAGGUAUUCGGAGUAUAGAAAUCAGUAUGGCAUUUGCCGGAAAAGUUAUUUUAAUAACGGGUGCGAGUUCUGGGAUAGGAGCUGCUACUGCCAAACAUUUCGCCGGACUUGGUGCCACUUUAGCUUUAGCCGGAAGAAACUUGGAAAACCUGAAGAAAGUAGCAUCCGACUGCUCCACCAAAUCGAUUCCCCUACUCUUGACCGGUGAGCUGACAAACGAAAAGGAUACCAAGGCCAUCCUCGAUAAAACAAUAGAACAUUUCGGGAAACUGGACGUACUGGUGAACAAUGCCGGCAUUAUAGAAACGGGAGGCAUCGAGAACACCAGCCUGGAGCAGUUCGAUAGAAUGAUGAACACCAACGUCAGAUCCUUGUAUCAUCUUUCGCUUCUCGCAGUGCCCCACCUGGUGAAAACCAAGGGGAACAUCGUGAAUGUCAGCAGCGUCAAUGGCAUGCGGGCUUUUCCUGGAGUCCUAGCGUACUGUAUGUCGAAGACCGCUGUAGACCACUUCACGAGAUGCGCAGCCCUGGACCUGGCCCCUAAACAAGUCAGAGUCAACUGUGUGAACCCUGGAGUCACCGUCACGAACCUUCAUAAGAGAGGGGGAAUGAACGAAGAACAGUACGAAGUAUUUUUGAAGAAGUGUAAAGAUACUCAUGCUUUGGGUAGGCCGGGAAAGCCCGAGGAGGUGGCUAAGACAAUAGCUUUCUUGGCCAGCGAUGAUGCUAGUUUCAUUACGGGAGCAACUAUGCCUGUUGAUGGUGGAAGGCAUGCCAUGUGUCCAAGAUAAUCAUUGUUUCAAGAUAAAAGUGAACCGAUACCUAUAUCAGGGUUUUAUUUUCGAAAGUCUAAUAAAAUUACAGAAAUGAGGUAA